ACGGAGACCUCUCCCAAAGACGCAGAUGAACCAAUUUAUGAAGUCACUGUCACCAGUUCUGAAACCGACCAAGAUCAUAAAACACCAAAGCCGAUUCAUAAGAAAAAAUAAAGCGAAUGAAUAAAAAGGAAUUGGAUGAUUUUGUCUCAGAACUAAAAGAAGAGCCAGAUCAGAAGUCCUUUGAAACCAGCUUGCAAGAUUUCUAUGAGGUUAAGCUGACCGAAUUGCCAUCAGAAACCGAUGCGCCUAAGAAGCGCAGAAUAAGACAUGAAAAGGGGAACGAGGUGGAAAUUUUGGAAAUUGUCGAAACAACUGACACUUCUGGGGAACAGCCCCUCUAUGAAAUCACUGUGUCUUCUACUGAAACUAAGGAAAGUGGAAUAAAGCAACCUGAGACUCCUAAAAAGAAAACAAGAAAAAUGAAAAAGGAUGAGCUUGAUGCCUACAUUCAGCAACUGAUAAAUGCCGAGAUCCCAGUAACUGAACUGGAAAAGUAUGAGAAAAUCGAUGUAGAUGGCAAGCCCAAAAAACCGAAGAAGCAAAAGAUUAAACUUGAGAAACCUGUUAUAGAAGAAGGCGAAACUCUUGAAGUAGGAAUCACGGAGCAUGAGCCAAUCGAAAAACCGAAAAUAAAGAAAACUAAAUCGAAGAAGGUAAUCAAUGAAGAAGAAAGCGUUGUACCAGAGAUUGUUCCCGCAUUUGAAGAAUUUCUUAUCAAAAAAAUUGACGUCGAGCAUACUCCAGAGUCAAAUAUUCAAAAAGAAGACGAAGAAAUCUUACCGGCAUUGGAUACGAUCUUGUCAGAUUUAAGCGAAUCUCUCCCAAUUGAAGUGGUUGAGGAAGAUCUUGUGUUUAUUCCAUUACCUUCUAAUGAAAUUAGUACACCAAAGGAUACCGUUGAAAAGAAACGCAAGAUCAAAACCAGAAAAGGUUCUAAGCAUUACGAAAUUGAAAUUAUUGAAUCGAAGGCCUUGGACGAUGAACUAGAUGAAGCAAAGGUUAUAGUUAAAACGACAGAAGUUUCUGAAGAUGCAACUGAUGGACCAGAUACGGUUAAACCGAAAACUCCAAAAACAACCGUCAAAAAGGUGAAAAAGGAGAAGCUUAAGGAAUUCAUAGUCAACAUUGUGGAAGAAGCCCCGUUAGAACAUAUUGCUGCAAUAUCUGAGGAUAUUACAGAAACUCCUGUAAGAGAAAGUUCAGUGGAAGAUGAUUUAAUUGCGUUUACCACAACAGUAGUUGAUGAGGAUAUAACGGAAGAAGUUUUAUUACAAGAAAACAAAGCUGAAGAUGUUUCAACUCGGCCAAACGAUAAGAAAAAGAAAAAGGAGAAACCUAAGAAGGUACAGAUAUCUGAAACAACACCAAUUCAGAUUUCUGAGGACUCUGAGGUUUUGGAAGACACAAGAAAUAUCUCAGAAUCUGACGACAUAUCGCAAGUGGAGGACUAUUUAGUAGAAGUAAAAGAUAGUUUGCCGAAGUCCAAAACCAAAACGACUAGGAAACCUAUUAAGAAAUCUCCGUCUGAACCUACUUCCCAAUAUACUAUUCGUGUUGAGGAGUUAGCCUCAGAAACUGUUACGGAUAAAAUAGUAAACGAAGAUGGUAAGGAAGUGGAACGUGUCAUCACCAAACGUAAGCUUAAAAAGAAGGAGGGACCAAAGGAAUUUUUGAUUGACGUUGUUGAAACGUAUGAAGAAAAUAAGCCGGAAACUGAUAUUGAAAUCAGCACUACGGAAAUAACUCCAUCUAUUGAUUCUUCCACUCAAGGAGAGUAUAAAAUCAAGAUUGUGAAGAAAAGAAAGCCACAGACUGAAAGCUUGGACAGCUUUAUUCAUGAAUUGAUAGAACAAGAAAUUCCAAAAACAGAACUUGAAGAGCAGGAAUUAACUGAGUUGGAGACUUCUACCAAAGUAAAAAAACCUAGGAAAAUUAAAAAACAUCACAAAAAAAUUAGUGAGAUUAACGACGGCAUACCGUUUACUGUGCAUGAGUUUACUGUACAAGAGUUUGAUUCUGAUGAAGACGACAACACGCUUGAAAACGUCAGACUAAUGGAAUCUGAUGCUGAGGACACCGACGAAACUCUUCAGAAUCUGCAGGUCAAAAUCAUUGAAGACAAGCCUAAGCGAAGACCGAUAAAAGCGUUUAAGUCCAAAAUUGUUGAUGACGAACAACCACAAGCAAAGGUAGAAGAGUUGUCGGAAGUCGUAGAAGUUUUACAGGUUACCGAAGAAGAUGGCACACCCAAGGAAAUUAAAAUAAAGAAAAAGAAAGUUUCCCGCAAGCAAGGGUCGAAGGAACAAAUCUUUGAAAUCACCGAGACAAAAACAACUGAUGAGCCUUUGGCUGAGGUAACAAUUGUUGAAGUUACAGAAGAGAAACCUAGGGAAGAAACUAUUUCUCCGAAGGAAAAGAAAACAAUUAAGAAACCAAAGAAACUAAAACCUGAGGACGUUGAUAGCUACGUAGUUAAUGUACUAGAAGAAUUCAACGAACCUCAGAGCUUUGAUGAGAUCGAACAGCCAGUCAUUGAAGAUAUUGCAGAGACUGUGGAAAUCGUACAAGUUACUGAAGAUAAUGGCACACCAAAACAGGUUGAAAUCAGGAAGAAGAAAGUUUCCCGUAAGCAAGGGCCGAAAGAACAAAUCUUCGAAAUCACCGAGACAAAAACAACUGAUGAGCCUUUGGCUGAGGUAACAAUUGUUGAAGUUACAGAAGAGAAACCAAGGGAAGAAAUUAUUUCUCCAAAGGAAAAGAAACCAAUUAAGAAACCAAAGAAACUAAAACCUGAGGACGUUGAUAGCUACGUAGUUAAAGUGCUAGAAGAAUUUAACGAACCUCAGAGCUUUGAUGAGAUCGAACAGCCAGUCAUUGAAGAUAUUGCAGAGACUGUGGAGAUCGUACAAGUUACUGAAGAUAGUGGCACACCAAAACAGGUUGAAAUCAGGAAGAAGAAGGUUUCCCGUAAGCAAGGCCCGAAAGAACAAAUCUUCGAAAUCACCGAAACAAAAACCACUGAUGAGCCUUUGGCUGAAGUAACAAUUGUUGAAGUUACAGAAGAGAAACCAAGGGAAGAAAUUAUUUCUCCGAAGGAAAAGAAACCAAUUAAGAAACCAAAGAAACUAAAACCUGAGGACGUUGAUAGCUACGUAGUUAAUGUACUAGAAGAAUUUAACGAACCGCAGAUCGAACAGCCAGUCAUUGAAGAUAUUGCAGAGACUGUGAAAAUCGUACAAGUUACUGAAGAUAGUGGCACACCAAAACAGGUUGAAAUUAGGAAAAAGAAGGUUUCCCGUAAGCAAGGCCCGAAAGAACAAAUCUUCGAAAUCACCGAGACAAAAACAACUGAUGAGCCCUUGGCUGAGGUAACAAUUGUUGAAGUUACAGAAGAGAAACCAAGGGAAGAAAUUAUUUCUCCGAAGGAAAAGAAACCAAUUAAGAAACCAAAGAAACUUAAACCUGAGGACGUUGAUAGCUACGUAGUUAAUGUACUAGAAGAAUUCAACGAACCUCAGAGCUUUGAUGAGAUCGAACAGCCAGUUAUAGAAGAUAUUGCAGAGACUGUGGAAAUCGUACAAGUUACUGAAGAUAGUGGCACACCAAAACAGGUUGAAAUCAGGAAGAAGAAGGUUUCCCGUAAGCAAGGGCCGAAAGAACAAAUCUUCGAAAUCACCGAGACAAAAACAACUGAUGAGCCCUUGGCUGAGGUAACAAUUGUUGAAGUUACAGAAGAGAAACCAAGGGAAGAAAUUAUUUCUCCGAAGGAAAAGAAACCAAUUAAGAAACCAAAGAAACUGAAACCUGAGGACGUUGAUAGCUACGUAGUUAAUGUACUAGAAGAAUUUAACGAACCGCAGAGCAUUGAUGAGCCAGUCAUUGAGAAUAUUGCAGAGACCGUAGAAAUUGUAACUGUUACUGAAGAUGACGGACUACCGAAACAAACAGAAAUUAAAAAGAAAAAGGUUUCUCGAAAACAAGGUGCUAAGGAGCAAGUCUUUGAAAUAACUGAAACAAAAACUUCUGAUGAACCGUUGGCUGAGGUUACAAUAGUUGAGGUUACAGAUGAGCAACCUAAAAACGACAUUCCUCUGCCUAUGGACAGAAAACUGAUAAAGAAACCGAAGAAAAUGAAGCUUGAAGACGUGAAAAGCUAUGUAAUUAAUGUUCUAGAGGGGUUAGAGGAGCCAUAUCAGUUUGAGGAGCUAGAAGUUGAAGAAAAUAUAAAAACCAAAAAACCAAAGAAAACCAGCGAAAAACCGGUUGAAAAGAAGAUCCUUAUUGAAGAAAUGGCACCUACAACUGUCGUUGAGAAUAUUGUUAAUGACAAGGAAGAGGAAGUUAAACAAGUAACGACAACUAAAAAGCUUAAGAAAAAGGAAGGUCCUAAGCAGUAUCUCAUUGAAGUUACUGAACAGUAUCAAGAAAACAAUCCAGAAGCCGACAUAGAGAUUGCUACAACUGAAUUAACUUUAGGUGACAUGCCAGACGUCGAAGAUGAUCAACCAGUCAAGGUUCUUCAAAAGGUUAAAAAGAAGAAGGCUGUUAAGGAUGAUCUUGACAAAUACAUACAACAACUAAUCGAACAAGAAAUUACAAAAACGCCUCUUGAAGAAUACGAGCCUACAGAAAUGGGUGCCAAGCCAAAGAAGCCCAAACAAAAGGUAAAAACUCAUCAUAAAAAGAUUGUUGAAGAUGAUGAGGGACUACCCGUUAUAGUUCACGAAUUCGAUGUUGAAGAAGUCGUACCAGUACACGAGGAGCCCGAUCAACCCGAGACUUUCUCAGAGGAAGUCGCAGAAGAAUCACAACUGCCCGAUUCUGAUAAAUACGUUGUAGGCAUAACUGAAGAAUUUGUUGAAGCUGAUCAGCCAAACGAAAAAUCUCCUGAGGACGAACAGAAGCCUACUAAAAUGAAAAAACCAUUGAAAAAGGAAAAGGUUGAUAAGGUUUUCGAGCCAUUGGAAGAAAUUGAACAGACUGUUGAAGUUGUAGCACAACCCACUGAGGAUGGAUCUGUAAAAGAUGUAACUGUUAAAAAACGAAAAGUAUCCCGCAGAAAAGGGUCAAAAGAGCAUAUUUUCGAAAUUACGGAAAAAUCAAGUGAUGAUUUGCCUGAAGCUGAAGUUACAGUAGUAGAGUUAACCAGCGACAACGUCCAAAUUUCCGACGAACUGCCAAAGACUAAACAAAAAAUUAAGAAGCCGAAGCAGUUAAGGAAGGAUGAAGUUGAAGAUUAUGUUAUUAAUGUUAUUGAUGAAUUCGUUCAGCCAGUUGACUAUGAGUUAGUUGAAAGUGAAGUAGAAGAAGUUAAGAAGGAUAAAACUAAAAAAUUAAAGAAGAGCCCUAAGACUUACGAAGUCACUGAAGAAGAACACACCGAUAAAGAAGCACCUGAAGUCGAAGAAGAAGUCUUAAAACAACCAGAUGAAUUAGCUCCAGAGGAGAUAACAGAUUUCCCUGAUUAUACCUUUAAUGUUAAAGAAGACAUUGUUGCCGAAAAGCAGGAAAAACCAAAGGGUAAAAAAAUACCAAAACAUAAGCAUGAAAGCCAACCUAGCUUGAAGGAAAGUCAAGACUAUCUCGUUACUGUAAAAUCCGAAGAAGGAGAAGAAGAUGAGCUUAUCCCUGAACAUGAAGCAGUUGUGGUUGAAGAAAAUGAAGCUAAGCCAGAAGAAGAACCGCAUUUGCAGAUAGAAGAAACCGAACCCGAAUCUUUGGAAAAGGAUGUAAUUAACGAAAAGGGUGAAACGGAAAAACAAACUGUUACCAAACGAAAAAUCAAGAAACGGGUUGGUCCCAAGGAAGAAAUUAUCGAAAUUGUGGAAACUCAGACUGGAGAUACUCCUGAGUAUGAAGUCAUUGUAACCACUGAAGAGGCCGAACCGGUUAGCAAAGAAGUUUCUCAGGAGGAAAAACCAAAGAAGAUACGUAAAACCAAAAAGGUCCCUAAAGACGAUCUUCAUGAUUAUAUUCAGAAGCUUAUUGAGCAAGAUAUACCAAAAACCGAACUUGAAAAGUAUGAGAAGAUCGACUUGGACGAGCCAGUUAAAUUGAAAAAGAAGCCUAUCAAAAAGAUAAAACUUAUUGAAGAACAGCCAACAGAACAUACAGAAGUGCCGCUGGAGAAACAACCUGUACCAGAAAGUCCAGAAAGUUUUGAAGAUGACAAUGACCAGCCUAAACUAACUUUCACUGUUAAGGAAUUUAUUCCAGAUAAGCCCUCAGAAAAGCCUUUUGAAGUAGUUGUUCUUGAAGAGAAAGUAGAAACCAAGCUAGUGCCAGAUGAAGAGGGAAUAGUAAAAGAAAAGGUGGUUAAAACCAAAAAGAUAAAGCAAAAAACGGGACCUGGGGAAAUAGUUCACGAAGUGGUUGAGGUUACUGAUAAGGAUACAAACGAAUCUGAAAUAACGAUUACAACCACUGCUCCAAUCGAAAGCAUUGAUCAGGAGGAGCCUUUAGUCAAACAAAAACGUACUAAAAAAAUAAAGAAGGAUGAGGUUGAAGAUUUUAUAAAAGCAGUUAUUGAAGAAGAGGCUCCAAAGCCUGUUGAGCCCGAGGAUACGGUUGUCGUCGACGAGGAUUCUGUUUCAAAACUGCCUUCCAAGAAGACGAAAAAGAAGCCGUUGAAGGAAGACAAACUUCCCGUUGACCAACAAGUACCAGAAGACUAUGAAAUUUCCGUAGAAGAUACUAUUCCAGAUGAUUCUGCAGAUACCGAAAAUCUUAUAACAGUACAGGAAUCAAUUCCAAGCGUUGAAGAACCUAAGACUAUAAUCAAUCAGGUUAAGAAGACUAAAAAACCAGAAACUAAUAAAGAACCAAAGAUUGAAGAUUUAGUUCAAAAAGAAGAACAAGGUCAAGAAAAGGAUGAAACGCCGUUGGAAGUCACGCAAAAGGAAUCUGAUAUAAAAACACCUGAUGCUCAGGAAGUUAAUGUAUCUAUCAAAGAGGAAGAGACAAUACCUGAGAUACCUUCUGAAGAAAACUUCAAAAUAUCUAUUAAGGAAAGUGUUGUGGCACCUAAAGAAGAAAAACCGUUUACAAUUCAAGUUGUUGAAAGUGUAACUAAGGUCGAAGAAGCCACAGAUGAUACUGGGGAAAUUCAUACAAAGGUAACUACUAAACGCAAGUUGAAACGACCUGACGGAGAAGGUGACAUAGAGAUUAUUGAAGUUGUAAGGGAUGAUCAGCCUGAGGCGGAAAUAACUGUUUUAGAGUAUGAGCCACAACCUGUAAGCCAAGACGAAAAGCCGAAGGAACCCAAAAAGAAAACUAAGAAGGUGAAAAAAGAUGACAUACAUGAUUACAUACAAAAACUAAUUGACAUGGAAACGCCCAAGACUGAGCUUGAAAAGUAUGAAAAAAUCGAAUUUGAACCAACGGUUAAAGAAACUCCUUUAGAUAACCUGGUUGAUGUAGUGGACAAGUCGCCUUCCGAAAAGGUCAAAAAAGACAAAAAGGUGAAACCCAAAGAAGUCCUAAAAGAGAAAAGCCUUGUUCCAGCUGAAGUUACAAGCGUUAAUGUGGUCGAAGAAGAUGCCCCUGAACAGGAUCAAACGCCUGUAGAAGUUUUAGAAGUUCAACCUCCAGAGGUGGAAGUAGUACAGAUUAUAACUGAAGAAGGCAAGCCUGUACAGGAAAAGACAACAAAACGAGUUUUAAAGAAAAAGGGACCUCAUGAUGAAAAAACUUUCAAGAUAACAACUAUAGAAAGCGAGGAAAACGAUUCAGUUACGGUUAUAGUUGAUGAGGAACCUGACACUACUCCCGUACAGUCAAUUGAAACACAACCUGAACAACCUGAACAGCCUGAAGUGAAACGAAAGCCCAAGCCCAAGAAAACGGUUAAGAAUGUUAAAAAAGAUGACUUAGACGACUUUGUGAAAAAACUAAUUGAAGAAGAAAUUCCAAAAGUCGAGCUCGAGAAGUACGAAAAAAUAGAAAUGCCAGAGAAAGCUGACAAGCCAGCUCCUUCCAAAAAUAUUCCGGAAGAGGUAAGCUCCGAAGUAACUGAACCAACCACAACAACCGAUGACCUUAGCAAACCCAAGAAAACAAAGAUUUCUAGGCCAAAGACGGUAGCCCAAGACGAACAAGUACCCGACAUACCGACAGAAACGACUUCAGACAUUACUGACACUGCAGAGAUCACACCAACCCAAAUUGCACUACCCGAGGACACAGCCACUGCACAAAUUACACCAAGCGCACAAGAAGAGCAAACUACUCAAGAUGACACUAAAGAUAUAAUUCAGAAAACAGUUAAACAUAAGAAAACAAAACCAGACACACAAUUAAGCGUAAAAACAAGUGAGAUACCAGAGGUACAAAAAGACUAUCAAAUAAGCAUCAUUCACGAAGAGCCUGUCGAAGAAGAUCAACCUCAACCAAUUUUGGAGGUCCGAGUCAUUGAUGAAGUCCCCGAGGUCGAGGAAUCGCAGCCUAUUGUGGAAGAGGUUGAAGAGGAAGAGGAUCUGCCUAUUGUAGAAGAAACAACCGAGGACGUCACAAAGCCCAAGAUAAAGAAGAAGAAAAUUGUCAAGAAAAAGACUGACGACCAUGAUGAACUCAUUAGAAAGUUGUUGGAGCAGGAAAUUGAGAAGACGGAACUGGAGAAGUACGAGAAAAUUGAUUUCGAUAUCCCGAAAAAACUCAAGCCCGAGUUCGCCACUCUUGAACCGAUUAAAAUCGAACGCAAAGAACAGAAGCCGACAAAGGUAACAAUUGUCGAGGCUACAGAUGUUCCGAAAACAGUAAAACUUAAACCCGGCAAACGUAAGGAGAAACCCGCUGAAGAACAAAAUGUUCAACUUCCAAAGUUCAGACUUAAGGCCCGUAUGGUAUUAGUUGAAUACCCUCCGGCUCCGCUUAUUCCAAAAAUCACUAAUAUUGGAGCCGUCAAAGACAACGGAGAACUAUCUCGCAACAUUGAAGAGGCGGAAGAAGUCCUGAAGUUCAAGCCACAUAAGACCAAGAAAAUCAAGAAAAUAAAGGAUGAUUUGGAAAAGGUGGAACUCGAAAAGUACGAGAAAUACGUCAGCAGCGAUGAAGAACCUGAGGAAAAAGCACCGUAUAAGAAACCGGAGAAGGAACCUAAGCCGAAGGAAAAAGAAGACGAAGUGAAGCUUAAACUUGGCAAGGGUAAGAAGAAGCCAAAGGAGGAAGACGAAGGCGAAAAUGUUACUCUCAAAAAGAUUCCACAAAAACCACAAGAGGUUGAGGAAGUACUUGAAGUAAAGCCGACACCAAAGAAGGAAGUUGUUGUUGAGGAACAACCAAAGGCGCCUAAGGAAGGAGAGUUUAUUGUUGAGCCUUUUGAACCAACUGACCUGGAUAGACCAGAAUAUGUUCCCGAAGAACUUGAACCAUUCGAGCACCCAGAGAAGCAGGAUAAGCCCAAGAAACCCUCUAAGACCAAGUACAAGCCUAAAGAUAAGGUUAAGCCCGAGCCAGAAACAGUUAUCUCAGAAAUUGUUCCUGGAGUGCCAAAGGAUGAAGAGGAAAUUCCCGAACAAGAAAUAAAGUUCCGUAAGCCCGAGGCAGAAGCUCCAGAAGAAACUGACUCAGAAAUAAAGCUUCGUCCUGUGCCAAAGUUAUCUAAGCCUGAGGAACCAGUUGAACAAGCGGUGGUUAAACCUAAGGAAGAGGAGCCUCAGCGCGAGGAAAGUCCAGUAAAGCUUGACGAUGACGAAAAGAAAACGAAAAAACCAAAGGUAAAGAAGGUGCAGCAAAAGGAAGAAAAAAUACCUGAUGAGAAGCCAGUAGAGUAUGAGGCAUCGAUAAUAGAAGAAGCCCCAGUGGAAGUACCCAUCGAAAAGCCCGAAGAGCCAAAAGAAGUAAAGAUAAAGCAAAAGAAGCCCAAGGAAACUCCUGUAUCCCAAGUCGUAGUCUCUGAGGAAAUACCGCAACCUGAAGAAGUUCCUGAGGAAAUACCAGUUGAGUACAAAAUAACAACAACGGUCUUGGAGCCAGAGGAGGCACCAAAGGAACAUCAAGUCAGAGUAAUUGAUUUUGACGAGCGUCAAGAAACUUCCGAGGAAGUUAUUGAAGAAAAGGUGGUAACGCGGAAGAAGAAACCAAAACCACAGAUACCGGAAGAAUUUGAGGUCACAUUAAAAGAGCCAAAAAUUGAAGAAACAGAACCUGUGGAAGUUUCGGCUGAAAUCUUGCAACCAGUUGAAAAGGCCGAACAAAAGCCAGAAGAGUUUGAGAUUGAACUUAAACUUACGGAGCCUAUUUCAGAAGAGCCGGUUGAACAAGAAAUCAAAGUUAAGAAGACCAAAAAGAAACCUGUGGAAGAGGUGAAGGAGGAUAAGAUCUUAGUAGUGGAAAAAGAAACUGAGGAGCAACCAGUUGAGGAAAAAAUCGAGGAGGUCGAGAAACAGGAAGAAAAGAAGAAGAGCAAAAAGCCAAAGUCAUAUGAGUUUAGGAUUACAGAAACCGAUGCUAUUGAAGAGCAGCCAGCCGCAGUUGUUGAGGAAAUUUCUGAGAAAUUACCAGAGCCCAAAGAAGAAAUAGUCGUCGAAAAGUUUGACACUUAUGAAAUAAGCCUGAAGGAAUCUGAAGCAGAAAAGGUGAUCGCUGUUGAAGAGCAACCCCAGGAAGAAACACCACAAGAAGUUGUUCUCAAGAAAAAACCAAAGGAACCUGAGGAAGUUGAAGCCGAGUUUGUAUUAACAGAACCAAAGAUUACCGAGGAAACCACUGUUGAAACUGCUAUCAAGCAGAAGAAAACUAAAAAGCCAAAGAAGACAGAGGAAGAAGCUCAAUUGGAAAUUAAGGUUGUGGAGACCGAAGCAGCUGUUCCUGAGGAUGUGGUUGUUGAAGCUCCCAAGCCUGUGAUCGUAGAGAAGAAGGAAGAGCUUGUCGAAGAAAAGCCCAAAGAGUUUACAAUUCAUGUAUCUGAAACUGAGGCCAAGCCUGAAGAACCAAGUGAGGCACAGUUUACGGUGAAAAAACGCAAGCCUUCUGUAACUUUCGCCGACGAACCAGCUACUGAAAUCAUUCUUAAGGAGAGUAAGCCCGCUGAAGAAUUUACCGAGGAGGCUCAAAUCAAGACAAAGAAGCCGAAAAAGAAGGUGAAGGAUGUAGAGGCCGAAGAACUUAAGAUUACUAUUACUGAGGAGAUUCCUCAGGAAGUUCCAAUAGUUGAAGAAGUUGAGGAAGAAGAGCUGAUUACAGUAGUCAAGGAAGAAGUCCCAGCGGUUGAAGAAAAAACUUAUAAAAUUGGCAUUAAGGAGACACAGCCAGAAAAACCUGCAGAGGUGAUUGCUGAGGAUGAGCCGGUGGUUACUGAGCCAAUUGUGGAAGAACCGGAACCAGAAACCUUUGAAGAACACAAAGUUAGAGUUGUUGAGGAAACACCCCGCGAAUUUGUCGAGGAAGUCAUCGAAGAAGAAGUUAAGGUUAUUCGUAAGAAGAAGCCUAAGCCAGAAGUCAGGGAGGAGCCAGAGGCACAAAUAACGGUUUCAGCUCCAAAGCCUGUCGAUGAAGUAGAAGCUACAACUAGCAUUGCUGUUGUUCCAGAACAACCAAUCGAAGAGGAGGCCGCUGAUCUCAAGAUAACAAUAAUCGAAGAAGAAGCAGCACCACAGGAACUUGUUCAAGAAAUUGAAGAAAUUGAAAUUGUCGAGGAACCAGAAGCGCCAGCAGAAAAACCAAAGGACUUCAAAUUUGUUCUUAAGGAGGCUGAAAAGGAACCUACUGUGGAAGAGUUGCCCGAGGAGCAGGUCACAAUCCAGAAGAAGAAGAAAAAGGUGACAGUUGCCGAUGAGGUCGAAGAACCAGAAGCUGAAUUUUCGAUUAAGCCGAAACAGCCAGUACAGGAAGUUUCCGAAGAAGCCAAGAUAAAGAAAAAAUCUAAAAAGCCUGUUAAGGAAGAAGAGGCAGCUGCCGAGCUUAAGGUAACCGUUACUGCAGAAGUUAUUGAAGAGCCAGAGGUUCAAGAAAUCGUUGAAGAAAUUGUUGAGGUUCCGGAAGAAAUUCCAACUGAUUAUACAAUAGAAGUCAAGGAAACUGAGCCAGAAGCUCCAGAGGAAGAACAAGUCAGCUUACCGCAGAAGAAGCCAAAAGCUGAUCCGGUGGUUGAGGAGCCAGAGGCUGAAGUUACUCUUAGACCAAAGCCAAAGGUGGAAGAAGUUGAAGAAAAGGCAAAAAUAGUCAAGAAAAAGCCAAAGAAGCCUGUCGAAGAACAAGCUGCUGAGGAGCUUACGGUCAAGGUUGAGCAAGAAGUUGUCCCAGAGCCAAUAGUGGAGCAAGAAGUCGUAGAAGAAGUCGUGAUUAAAAAGAAGACUGAAAAGCCUGAGCCAGAGGAUAUUGUCGAUGCUACUGUUGUGAAGCUAAAGAAACCAGAGCCGGUUGAGGCAGAAGAUGUAGUGGCCGAAGUCACACUGAAGCCUAAAGCUCCCAAGGAGGUUGUCGAAGAGGAAUUCUCUGUUGAUGUUAAGUUGCCAAAGGAGAAGUCAAUUACCGAGGAAACCUCUGAUCAAACUGUACAGCUCAAGAAAAAGAAGAAGCCGCAAAAACCGGUAGAGGAAGCUGCAGACGAGCUUAAGCUACAGCAGACUGUUAUCGAAGAAAGGCCCAUUGAAAUAGAAGAGGAGGAGAUAGUUGAAGAAGCAGUCGUAAUUCGCAAGAAACCCAAGAAACCCUUCGAACCGACUGUUGAAGAUCUCGAAGAAACUGAGUUCAGUCUCUCCUUCAAAAAGCCUCACACUAUUAACGAGGGUGUGGAGGAGGCCGCCACCGUGCUGAAAAAGCGACCAGUUAGGCCCACUACUCUGGACGAAGCUGCGGCUGAGCUUUCCAUCAAGCGUCAAGAAGAAGAAUAUGAAGAGGGCGAAGAUAUCGAAGAGUUUGUCGUUAGCAAGGGACCUAAGCCAAAGCCUCUUCAGAUUACAGAAGAAGAUGAGGAGGCAUACACAGUCAAGAAACUUAAACGACGAAAGCAGGUUGACAUUCCCGAAUACGCUGAUGUUGAAAACGUGACAUUCCGUGCGAGAAGUACCAAAACCAAGGAAGAUGUCGAUCAGGAGUUUAACAUUGCGCUCGACUCGUAUGCGGAGGAAGAAAUUUCGAUGUCUGGAAAGGUUAAGCUUAAGAAGCCUAUCAAGAAGACUUUCUCCGAAGCAGCUGAUGAGGCCAAGAUCAAGAUCAUUCAGGACUUUGAUGAUGGUGAAGAGCCAAUCAUUGAGGAAAUCCGAGACGAUGAGGACACUAUCGAUGAAGUUGAGGAACCAGAAGAAUACUUUGUUGAAGAAUUGCCACCAGAUGAAGUAGACUUUAAGCUGAAGCCCAAGAAACAGGCGAAGCCAGCCUACUCCAUUCAAGAUGAGGAGGAAGAACAGUUCCUGAUUGGCAUUCGACAUCCGAAACGCGAUUCGGUAACCUACGACGAGGAUUCUCUAACAUUUAAAAAGAAACGUAAAGUUGUUCAACAACUUUUUAACGAAGAUGGAGCUUCGCUGAAUAUAACCAAGGAAAUAAAUGUUGAAGAAUCCGAUAAUCCCAAUGUUAUGUAUUCCAUCUGCAAUUAUAUUGCUGACAACGAUGAAGCCAUAAACCUGGUCGAGGGUGAGAAAGUUACGGUCGUUGGCCGUCAUAGCUCUGAAUGGUGGUAUGUUAAGAAGAGCAUUACUGAAGAGGAAGGCUGGGUUCCAGCUCAAUAUCUGAUGGAGCCUGAGGAAUAUGCGCAGUAUGUGCAAAACAAACUGCAUGAGAAAAUCGACAAAUUGCCAGUGUUUGAACGUCCUGGACCGGAAGACAAGCCCAUUGCUCCAAGGUUUAUCGAGAAACUGCAGCCCAUUCAUACACCAGACGGGUACACAGUACAGUUCGAAUGCAAGGUCGAAGGCAAUCCAAGACCUCAAAUUGCCUGGUUCCGCGAAACUGCCAUUAUCAAACCUUCACAAGACUUCCAAAUGUUCUACGAUGAUGACAAUGUGGCAACUUUGAUUAUUCGCGAGGUGUUCCCUGAAGAUGCCGGCCAGUUUACAGUUGUUGCCAAGAACGCAGCGGGAUUCACGUCCAGCACAACCGAGCUGAUUGUGGAGAGUCCACUAUCCGAUCACGGAUCUGAUGCCACAGCCCUUUCACGUCGCAGCAUGUCCCGGGAAUCUUCCCUUGCUGACAUUUUGGAGGGUAUUCCACCAACCUUCUCAAAGAAACCAAAGGCUCAGUACGUAGACGAAAAUACGAAUGUAAUUCUUGAAUGCCGACUGGUGGCCGUACCAGAACCGGACAUUGUCUGGACAUUUAAUGGCGAGGACAUCGACGAGGAGGAAAUCAAAAACGUUCGCAUCGUUACCGAAUCGGACAUGCACAUGUACUGCAGUGUUGUGCACAUCACCAAGGUAAAGAAAUCGCAAGAAGGAACCUACGAAGUUAUUGCGACCAAUCGCGAGGGCGAGGCACGUUUGCCUAUUACUCUUAAGGUGCGAACCACCGAUAAGGAGGCCCCGCAAAUCUUGGAACCCUUGCGCAACAUGGUCAUACGUGAAGGCGAAAGUGUGGUUCUCUCUACCCAGAUUGUGGGCAAUCCACCACCAAAGGUUACCUGGUACAAGGACGGCAAGCCCGUCAAGAAUGCCAAGUCUGAUAAGGACUUGCAUACCUUAACACUUAUCACACCCAAAAAGUCUGAGAAGGGCGAGUACACGGUUAAGGCUGUUAAUCCCUUGGGCAGCGUUGAGACUACUGCAAAUCUAACAAUUGAAGAACCUACUAGCGGAAACGCGGAGCCACCACUUUUCGUAGAGCGUUUCGAGGAGCAGAACGUGCCGCAGAAGGGCGAGAUUCACUUGCCUGCCAAGGUCUCCGGAAAUCCGGUUCCCGAGGUGCAGUGGCUGUUCAAUAACACUCCACUGUUCCCCAGCGAGCGCAUUCAGCAGGUCUACGAUGGCGAGAACAUUGAACUUGUCAUCAAGGAUGCCAACCCAGAAACCGAUUCGGGUGACUACAAGUGCAUUGCCAGCAACCCCAUUGGCAAAACGUCGCAUGGUGCUCGUGUAAUUGUCGAGGUCGAUGAAGUGACCUUCACUAAGAAACUUAAGAAGACCAUCACCAUUGAGGAAGUACAAUCCCUCACCCUAGAGUGUGAGACCUCUCACGUAGUAACCACCAAAUGGUUCUUCAACGGAAAAGAACUCAGUGGCAUGGAUCACCGCGUUGUCGUGGAAGAUGGUAAGACACAUAAAUUGGUGAUCCGGAAUACAAACCUUCGCGAUUCUGGUACCUAUAUGUGCAAAGUCAAAAAGCAAGAGACUCAGUCUACUGUGGAGGUUCUGAAGCGUAAGCCCGACUUUAUCAAGAUCCUGGAAGACUACGAGGUAACCGAAAAGGAUACCGCCAUUCUGGAUGUGGAACUCACUACCGAGUCGACUGAAGUGACUUGGUACAAGGACGGCGAAAAGAUUACCCCCGAAAACAAGAAUGUCGAGUUCAUCAAGGAUGGCAAGGCACGUCGCUUGGUUAUCCGCGAUACCACAAUCCACGAUGAAGGCCAGUACACUUGCAAGAUUGAGGGACAGGAGUGCAGUUGUGAGCUGGUUGUAAUUGAGUUGCCGCCAGAGAUUAUUGAGCCAUUGAAGGACGUUUCUGUGACCAAGGGCGAGAAUGCCAUUUUCAAGGUUGAGCUCAGCAAGGGUGACGCCCUUGUUAAAUGGUUCAAGAACGGCAAAGAGAUUGUAUUCAAUGAUCGCAUUCAGCUAGCCAUCGAUGGCAAGAGGCAAUCGCUACGCAUUGUCAAGGCCAAGCCCGAAGAUAAGGGCGAAUACUCCGUCCAGGUGGGUGAGCAGACCUCAAAGGGUACGCUUACGGUUGAGGAGCCACUUGUGGACUUUGUCAUCCGCCUGCCAGAUGUAACUCUAGCCACCAAGACCACGGAUGCCGAAUUUACGGUGCAGCUGUCGCAACCCGAUGUCGAGGUGACUUGGUGCAAGAAGGGCAAACCCAUCAAGCCCGACAAUAAGCACGAGGUCUUUGUCGAGGGAACUGUCAGACGUCUGGUUAUCCACGAUGCCAGUGAUGACGAUGCCGGUGAGAUCAGCUGCGUAGCCGAGAACGUUACGAGCAGCUCCAAACUGUGCGUGGAGGAGCUCAAACUGCCACCCGUCAUAACCUCUGACAAGGAUCAGACCAUCAAGGCUAAGGAGAACGACGAUGUCACCUUCACUGUCAAGUACACAGGCGUACCAACGCCCGAGGCCGUUUGGACCACGCGUAAGGUUGUCAUACCCAAGUCAAAGCGGACAAUCCCGGCCAUCGAUGAGCAGUCAGCCACGCUAACCAUCAAAAAGGUUGUCGACGAAGAUGAGGGAGAGUACACCGUUAAGCUCGUCAACCCGGUGGGCGAAGCAGAGGCCAGCCUACACUUGGUCAUUAUGCGCAAGCCAACGGCACCUGGCACUCCCCAACCCCUGGAAAUAAUGCACGACUCUAUUACGCUCUACUGGAAGGCGCCAGAGGACGAUGGCAAGUCAGAAAUUAUCGAGUACAUUCUGGAGUAUCACGAUGUUAAGGAAGAAAAGUGGACUGAAAUAAGAAAGAUCAAGGACACUACGUACACCAUUAGCAAGCUGAAGAUCGACACUGAAUACGUGUUCCGUUCAAUCGCUGUAAACGAAGUGGGACCCUCACCGCCCUCGCCGCUAUCGCCACCUAUCCGCCUAGUGCCGAAGAUAGAGACAGAGGCUCCCAGCGUACGAGAGCCACUACAGGAUGUGGUGAGCGAACUAGACAAAGAGGUGACGCUGUCCUGCGUGUUCGGUGGCAUUCCAGAGCCAAAGGUGACGUGGAAAAAGAAUGGCAAGGUUUUCGAGUCGAGUGGAAUUCGCUACGAGAACCGUGUGGCCAAAUACAUAAUUGAAAAGACAACCAUUGAGACUGAAGCCACCUACACAUGCGUGGCGACCAAUGAGAAGGGCUCUGUGGAGACCUCGUGCCACCUGAAACUGCAGCAGAAACCAGUCCUCGAGGUAGAGGACAAGUAUUUGACACAGAAACUGCGCACGGGCAGCACUCUCACCAUUCCAGCGACGGUCCGCGGCUAUCCACAACCAACUGUGACCUGGCACAAGGAGACUGUUGAACAGAAGACCACCAAGACGGUAACCAUUGAAACCACAGAGUACACUUCCACCUAUACGGUCAAGAAGGUCACCCGCGAGCAAUCUGGCAAAUACAAGGUGACGGCCACUAACGAAUCCGGCUCUACCUACGUAGAGUGCACGGUCCAAGUGAUAGACAAACCCAGCAGACCCCAGUCCCUGGAAAUUAAGGACAUAAAGAAAGACUCGAUUACCUUGGAGUGGACACCACCCAUUGAUGACGGUGGUCUGGAGAUCAACAAGUAUACCUUGGAGAAAUGUGACGUCCAAAACAAUGUUUGGAUGAAGGUCUCCGACUUUGACAAAGACAUAAAGUCGUACUCCGUUCAAAAACUAUCCAUGAAUUCUCAAUACAUGUUCCGUGUUGUGGCCGCCAAUCCUAUUGGCGAGUCCGAGCCAACGGAAAGUGACCCUGUGACUAUAACUAAGAAAUUCGAAAAACCAUCGCCACCUCGGGGCCCGACCACUGUUUCGGGCAUGAACGACACUUCCUUCAAUUUGGCCUGGGAGCCUUCAGAGAAUGACGGCGGCUCUAAAAUCUUAGAGUACAUUGUGGAGAUCAGGGAAGAGACUGAAACAACCUAUCGAUCGGUGGGCGAAACCCUUGGCACGGUCACCAAUAUCCAUGUCGAGAAGGUUGUCCGAAACAAGGGCUAUUUGUUCCGCAUCUUUGCAAGAAAUCAGGUUGGCACCAGCGAGGCGUUCGAGACCACGGAGAAGGUUGUCGUGGGCCGCAAGAUAACGCCGCCAUCGCCACCUCAGAACCUGAGGGCGCCGGAUGUUACCAGUCGAAGUGUCACUUUGGAUUGGGAGGUGCCGGCCCGCAAUGGUGGAUCAGAAAUUACAGGCUACUGCGUGGAGAAACGUUCCUCAACAUCUACCAGCUGGACAAAGGUCAUUACACUGGACGCUCACCAGCUGCACUACACGAUUGACAACCUAAAGGAGAAGUGUGGGUACUGGUUCCGUGUUUCUGCGGAAAACGAGGUUGGAUUAGGUGCACCAGCCGUCACCGAGAGCAUAUCGCUUAAAACACAUGCCAGUGAGUUUGCAAUGGGAAUCAUUUUAGAUAGACCCCUAGAUGACUUUGCUGUUUUUAUAGCCGUACCCUCACCACCGACCGGACCACUGGAGGCGCGCGUUCUCGCCGCCAAUGCCCACAUAUUCGAAUGGGGUAUACCCGAGUCAGAUGGAGGUGCGCCUCUGCUCGGCUACCACAUUGCUAUAAGGGACAUGAAGAAGACCAUGUGGAUCGAGGUGGGUCGUGUGCCAGCUGGCGUCCAGAAAUUCCAGAUCAGAGAUCUGCAGGAGAACCACGAGUACAUGAUUCGCAUAUUUGCGAAGAACGAAAUUGGUCUAAGUGAACCUCUGGAAUCGGAGGAGCCCUACAAGGCUAUGACUGCUGGUCAUGAGAGCCUGCCGGACGAGCCGCGCACGGAGAUGAGUUCGUGCAACACAUCCUCCUGGCUGCGAGACCACAACAUGGAUGCGGAUAUCCAUUCGUAUGCUCGCGGCAGGCUGCUUCAACGCGAUGAGUACUUCUUCCGGCUCUGGGCGGAUUUGCCCAAGAGCAAAAAGAAGAAGGGCUCCAAAUAGUCGGUAGAAACGACAACGAAAUAAGAAACACUUUAGUCGUAGGUUAAGCAUAUUUCAAUUGUAUAUUAUGUAACAAGCAAUGGGUUAACCCCUUUGAUUUUCUAGCUUUUUGUACUUUACUAGAGAUGACGAUGUAAGGUUGGUGUAAUGUAAGUCGCAUCCCAUUGUUAGCGAUGUCCACGUCCCCCGAUCAAAGAGUGCGAGCGAAGAAUAAACUUAAUGCUCGGGUGCGUGGACGUGGCUCAAUGCUCUGGAUGGCCAUUACACCAUCCAGUUAAUGGACAUAAUUUUAGAUUUUUCAUUUGCAUAGAGUUCUUUUUGGUUUUAUUGUUUUACUUUCGCCUUAUUUUUGUAAGCUGUGAUAAAUCUAUCAAAAUCGAAAGCGUCAAACGAAGCAACAAAAAAUGAAACAGAAUAAAAAUGCCGCCAGGCGGCGAUCCAUCGGCAUCGGGCAACGAGAGCCAACGAGCCGCAGCCCUCCAACAUCCAAUUCCAUCCCAAUCCCAGCCAGCGUAACUCAAUAUCCUCUCGGGAGACAAAACAACAAAUGGUGCAAUUCGAUAUGAGUUAUUUCUGGGGAGUGUUGCGAGUCGCUGGCUGCCGUUGCCUUUGUCCUGGCUUCGCCCUGGUUGAAAUUUAUGGCAUAGGAAUAUGAGAGAGGUUAUACUCGUAUGUCUUUAAAGUUACCAAAACUAAAUAAACAUAUAAAACAAAAUGUAA